AUGGCUCCUCAUCUCUCCCUCCUCCUAGUCAUCUUCUCCAGACUCUCAGGAGCGUACGGUGUGUCAACUGUGAGUAAGGUGUCUGUGAAGACAGGAAACUACAUCACCAUCCCAUGUCGCUAUGAUCAGAGAUACAUACAAUAUGUCAAAUACUGGUGUCAAGGAGAUUACUGGAAUUCUUGUUCUGCUCUUGUACGCACGGACCAACCAAAGAUAUCUGGGACAGUGUCCAUCUCUGAUGAUGUCACCCGAAGAAUCUUCUCUGUUAACAUGACUGAUCUGCAGCCAGAGGACUCUGGAUAUUACUGGUGUGCUGUGGAGACUGCAGGACGAGAUCAAAGUACAUACUUGCACCUGUCAGUCACCACAGGUACACCAGAACUCUAUGUGGACCAACAGGAAGUUACUGGAGUAGAAGGAGGGAGUGUCACUGUCCAUUGUUACUAUAGUAACACUGUGGUUAAGAAGUGGUUGUGGUGUAAGAUGGGUAUCUACUAUGUCCCCUUGGUGGGGAGAUAUUCAGGGAUUUUAGAUGGAACAUCAGUGACAUCACAGCAGAACAUUGAUCACAACAACAGACACAUUUUAACAGUGACUCUGAAUGGAUUGAAUAUGGGAGAUACUGGCUGGUACUGGUGUUCCAGAGGAGAUCUACAGAUGCCUGUUCACAUCACUGUCAAUCAACUGACCACAACACAGAGUACCACACCUGCCUCCACCACCACCCCUACCCCUUCUUCCACCAUCAUCAUCUCCACUGUUAAUCAACUGACCACAACACAGACUGACACCAUCAUUAACAAACAGACUACUCAAGACAUCUCUCUGACCUCGCCCACAACUGUAGAUCCUGCUGUCUCCUCUUCCACCUCUCAGGCCCCAGUCAACAACACACAUCAUGUAGCCCAGGGAUGGGAGAGAACACUCUUCUACCUUCAGAAAACUGUUAAUGCAGUGCUCUUCAUCCUGUGCAACGUCAUUGCUGUGGUGAAGUUCAGAGCAACCCGACUCUGA